CUCCGAGUCUGUGGCGUGGGAACUUGACUCUUUGUUUCCUAUACCCAUGAUAUUGAGCCAUCUUGCUCUCCGUAUCCGACCUGUCCUCCAGCGCCGUUUCGCCAGCUCCAGUUCCUCCCCAGGCACCCACAAGCUAUGCACUCUACGAGUCGAUAAUAUCCCUCGGAACUAUGAUGUUACUCGCAUUCUCAACUCCAUCAAGGCCAACCCAGUAGAGAAGAUUAUCGUAGAGAAUAAAUGUCUCAUCAUCCGAUUCCUUUCCUAUCAGAUGGCGAUGCGCUGUGUCGAGGAAAACGAUGGUGUCGAUGACAUGUCGCUACGGCUGAUUGGCGCCAUGUCUGACCGGUCGGCGUUCUUGGUCGCUGCAGUUGGAUAUGGAAUAUCACGGACGUGCACCGUUGAGAACAUUCCACCGGGUAUCAGGAAGGGAAAUUUGAAAACUUUAAUUACUCAAGACAAGCCUAUGGAACACUGGCACUACGAUAAGGGGAACUUUCGAGCUGAGAUGCGCUUCAUGGAUCUCUAUCAUGCAUGGCUUGUGUGUCAUUUAUCCCCUUUAUGCUGACCCAUUCAUAUCUUCCUCCUCACAGGCUAGCGCUGCCAUCAACCAAAAUUCCGUCCUCAAGCAGUGUCGGAUAACCUACACCAACGAAAAUGACAUCUAUAUGUUUCCAGAGUGGUACGCGCCUCAGGAGGAGAAUCAGUCGUACGUGAGGCGGAUCGUCACCAUAUCUAACAUCCAACCGGGGAUGUACAAAACAUGCUGGCAGUGGACCCAGGAAUUCGACAAAAUUUCUCCGACCUUGGUCUAUAGUGGUUAUUGGCCUGGCAAUAGCGUAAGCACGCCCUCGUCGC